AUGAGCUGGAGCUGCCCGCGGUGCCAGGAGCCUGUGUACUUCGCAGAGAAAGUAAGCUCCCUGGGCAAGAACUGGCACCCCUUCUGCCUGAAAUGUGAGCACUGCCAUACUGUGCUGUCCCCAGGAAGGCAUGCAGAGCACAAGGGAAGGCCCUACUGCCACAAGCCAUGCUACGGGGCCCUCUUUGGACCCAGAGGGGUGCACAUCGGAGGUGUGGGUUCCUAUCUCUACACUCCACCCACGACCUCCCCUGCCAGCACCACCAUCCUCAGCCCCAGCUGCUUCAGUCCCCCCAGGCCAAGGACUUGCUUCCCCUAUGGCAAGAAAAGCCUGGCCAGCAUGAGGACAUUCACAGGAGAGACCUCGCUGUGCCCUGGCUGUGGGCAGCCUGUCUUCUUUGCAGAGAAGGUGAUGUCUUUGGGCAGAAACUGGCAUCGACCCUGUCUAAGGUGCCAGCGUUGCCGGAAGACCCUGACUGCUGGGAGUCAUGCAGAGCAUGACGGUGUCCCCUACUGCCACAUCCCCUGCUAUGGUUACCUGUUUGGCCCCAAAGGUGUGAACAUCGGUGAUGUGGGCUGCUAUAUCUACGACCCUGUGGAGAGAAAACCCAAAUGA